AUGACAGACCCUAUAAACAGAGAAACCAAUUUAUUCGACCCGACUUCUCCAGUCUCCUUCAUCAUUAGCCAAGCAAACACCAUUUCAGUUCAAAAUAAAGUAGAAGACACAAUAAGCUGCAAAUUAGUUGAUCUUCUCUCAUGAAUCGAAAAAAUGAACUCAGAAAAAUCAUUGGAAAUUAACUCUAAACUUCAAGAAUACUCGAAAACUGUUGGAUCUGACCAAUAUUUAUCAUUUCUUUUAACCCAGCUAAAAAAUAAAGAAGAGAACCUAAGCAGCAAUAGCUCGAAAGAUUUCAAAAAUUUAGCUAUGAAUUUAGUAUCCCGAUGCGAAUUCGAUAAAGAAUUCGAAGUUCUCAAUAGAAAAAUAGGCUUUCAAAACUACACUGAAAAAAAGAAAGAAAAAGAAGAUGAAAUUGAAGAAGCUAAAAGAGAAAUCGAAAGAAUAAAACAAGAAACUAUAGACAUCAAAAAUAAAUGGGAGCUGGAAAAAAGACCUGAUGGAAAAUUUGAUAGUGAAGAAAUAAAACAAUAUAAAGCUGCUAUAAAAGAAAAAGCUAAUAAAACAGCAGAAAUAAGCAAUGAUAUAAAAAUUUUAGAAAAAUACUGUCAGGAGAACAAAGUGACCCAAGAAGAUAUAGAGGACUUUGAAGAAAAAUUAAAUGACAAAAUCAAUGAAGUUUUCUUGAAGAAACAACAAAAAAAUAGUGUAGAAAGGAUUCAUAAAGAGUCAUUGGAAACAGUUAAAAUAUGUGAAAGCCUCGAAGAAAAAAUUAUACAGCUUAAGCAGCAUGAGGCAGUAUUAGUCCAAAACGUAAAAUUUUGGGAAAAUGUCCAUAUAGAAGGCGCUUUAUCAGACCAAGAAGAAAUUUUAAAUUCUCUGACUACCAAAAUCACUGAAUUAAACGAAAAAUUAGAAGCUGGUGAAAGUUCUUUAAAUAUAAUAAAUCAAGAAUAUGACGAAUUGCAUAGUCAAUCAACUGAAAAAAUGAAAAAAUUAUUUAUGAGCAGGUUAGCUUCACUUAUUUCAAAUAGCCUUGAUACUGCUUUUAAAAGAUGGAGAUGGUUUGCAGAAGAAGAACCUGAAGAAUUAGACGAAGAAGAUGAAAUUAUUCUCCAUGAUGUAGAAGACACUGCACUUAUAGAAGAAGAAGCUAAUUAUUUAUUAGGAAACAAUGCAAUAAUAAGUGCUUUAAAAGAAGCAAACUUAAGUAAUGAAAAACCUAUGCCACCCGCUAACAUGUUUAAAUUUUUAGAAGAGCUUAUGAACAGCAAAUUGAAGGUUGACUUAAAAGAUAUUGCAGACGGCAGAAAACCAAGGCUAAUGACUGAGUUUUUAAUAGAACAUUUAACAAGAGUUUUUGGAAUUCCAAAGCUUGCCAUGAAAAAUUUGUCACAACUAAUACCAGCUUUGCAACAACAAUUGGCAGAAGGAAAUUCUUAUGGAACGCUCUAUUGCAGACUAUUGCAAAUUUUUCAUCCUCAGCCGAUUCCUUUUUAUACUGACUAAUAUAAAUAAUCCAUAAAUGCCAAAAGGAAAACAAUCAGCUUUAUAUAGUAUUAAUCAGCUAUUAUCGUGGCUUAUUUAUAGAUUACUAUAUAUCUUGCAUUAUAUCUUGUCAAAGUGAGGGGCGAUUUUUGUGUCAUGAAUGACAGAUAUGAAAAAAUCAAAAUCGCUCUGGAGCAUAAAACUGGGAAAAAAGUAGUAGUUAAAAAAGGGGAAGCUUUAGAGUAUGCAGCAUCAGGGGGCUAUGCUUAUCUUACAGAUGUUUUUGAGUACAUUUAUCGUGCCUUUGCUGGUGAUAGAGAAGGAGGCACUUUAGCACUAGAACUAAUGAAGCCUAAAAAUAUUCCUAUAGAAGAGCUAGUUGCCUAUAAGCUUCUCCAUAAAAUGGCUAAACUUGGCAAAUCUCCAGAAGGCCUAUAUGGGCUGCUUGAUAAAAACGGAGACUGUGCAAUCAACUGUAUUGAAUUUAUUAAAGGCUGCAGAACAAUUUUAGAUCUUUGGGUCACUCCAGAUGGAAUAAAAAAGUUUUUUGAAAAACUUGACAUUUAUAAUGAAGGGAAAUUCAGAAAAGAAACCUUUUUAUCCAUGGUAAACAUGAAAUCUUUUACGAACCAAAAUAAAAGUGGGAAAUAUAUAAUUUCAAAAUCGUCAUUUUUAAAUGCUCUUACCGAAGUUUUUAUGAUAAGACAAAGAAGAGAUGCAGCCUUUAUUAUGAAUAUUGUAGGGAAAUAUGACUAUUUAGAUCCAAGCCAGUUUGAGUAUGAAGCUAGAAAAAUUGAUCGCACCAUUUCGCAGCAAAAAAUGAUGCAGCUGAUAAGAGAAGCUUCAGAAAUAAGCAGUGAAAGGCCAAGGAUUACACCUAGAGCGUUUGCAAGAGCUUUAAUUAGAAAUGGAAUUGGGAAAUGGGGACUGAAGAGCUUUAAGGUUUGUGAUAUUCCUGAUAAUGUAAUUCCGACUAUUGAAAUGAUUAUGAGCGAAAAUGAGAAAAAAGAUGAAUAA